AUGGAAGACCGACCUGAGUAUAUCGCGCCUCUGAACUUCUCGCAGGUCAAAAACCAUUCUGCUCACCGAAAUGGAUCAUUCUCCUCCCGUGCCGCUUCCAACCAGCGUUUAAUCUCCGCUCUGAAAACGCAAUUAAGAAUGACUCCGCCGCUGACGCCCCACAGUUCCCGAGAGGAAAUGGUGGACCGUCAAAAUCAGGACAGAACCCCCUUUCCGAACUAUCUCCGCGCCUUCUAUCCCUUCCGUCCCGGCGCACCUCUGUCUUCCGCCACCGUGACGCUGCCGUUGGAUCAAGGUGAUUUGGUGCUGGUACAUUCUGUGCAUACUAACGGCUGGGCUGAUGGCACCCUCUUGGACACCGGGUCGCGAGGUUGGCUGCCGACGAAUUACUGCGAGGCCUAUGACCAACAGUUGAUGCGGCCCUUGCUCAAGGCCCUGAUGGAUUUCUGGGAUGUCAUUCGCGCGGGAUCAUGUGCCACACUGCACCGCUUCGGCAACCAGGACUAUAUGCGAGGCAUCAUUGCCGGGGUUCGCUUCCUUUUAGAACAAUCUGAGUGUUUAAAAAGAGAAGAUGACUUGGUUCUGAGGCUGGUUGGCCUGCGCAGGAAUCGGAAAGCUCUGCUCUCCGAUCUAUCGUCGCUGGCGAAAAUGGCGAAGAAUCUGCGCGAUAUCGCCAAUGGCGCGCCGCUCGACGACCCUCUUGAUGCCGUGUUUGAUCAGAUGCUCUUUAAGGCAUUCAGAAUCGUUACACGUGGUGUGCGUUUUCUGGACGUGUGGAACGAGGAGGUUGGCCUAUCAAGAAUAAUCUCAGAGAUUAGUCCCGGCGACUCCCUGUCUCGCAUGUACGAUGAACCACUGACACCCCCCGUCGAUGGCUCCUUCAACCUAUCAAGCAGCACCUGGGGCUCGACCCAAGCCAGCACGCCGGCAUCCUCCGUCAGCGGCGCCUCGCGCAUCGGGAGCCGGACCCGAAGUAAUAUAUCGCUGAGUUCGCGUGCAACCUCCCAGCUCUCCUACCAUGACACUGCCAGCCGAGUCAGACACUCCGGUAUCCAGAAGCGUGCCUCUGUCUCUCACAGGAUGUCCUACACGGGGAAUUCCUCCAUUGCCCAGAAUCCGAACUUGGCCAGCGAGCGCCUGACAGCCGCCAUCGACGACUUUUUGGGCCUGCUCGGGGUUUUCCUCGGAAACCACCUGCAGUCUCGAUCCUCAACGGAACUUAUCAUGACGACGCGCCAAGCUGUGCAGUCGUGCCGCGUGCUCCUAUGCGUCGUCGAGGCGGUCUGGGAACACGACUUCCAUCGAUCAGAUGUCCUGGAGAAGUCUAAGGAUGCCAUGUACGAGCGGAUCGAAGCUCUUGUCCAUGCCGCUAGAGAUACCUUUCAGCCUGCACACGACGGUGACGACGAGACGAUAUUCAUGCCGAACGAAGGGAAACGCUUAGUCGACGCCGCCACUUUCUGCGUACGUGGAGCUGGCGAUUGCGUUGCCAAAGCCCGACAAGUCUUGGAACAAGCAGGGGAUUUUGAAAUUAAUGAAAUUGGCCUGGGCAUCUCGAUGUCCGACUCUGGGAAGCCCGGUACACCGCCUCCUCCGGGCUUCGGAGAUGCUUUGCCUCAGAACAUGCCCAGAAUCGAUGGCUCCCCGAGUCAGGAAUCGGUUGUGCCUACGAAAUCUCGUGACGCCAGACUGCCUCCUCCACUACAGAUUCCCGGGUGCUCUCUGUCGACGAUAUCCUUGACGCCUUCGCUGACUACUGAUGGCGGCACGACGCCUUCCUCCAGCUAUGUCGCUCCAACUAUUCACACUCCAACUUCUACCCUUGACGAGCCCUUUAGCUCGGUUCUCUCCACUUACUCUGACCCGAACGACUCUCUCCUCACACACGUUGAAUCGAAAAAUCACCAUGAACUCGCUAUCUACAGACACCCCAGAAUCCAAGAGGAGCUGGAGACUCAGGAAGAACCAGCUCGCGGCCUUGAGAGCGCGCAGAGCGAGCGGACCUGCGUCGAUAGUACCGUGGAUUCUGAAUCGGUGACUGUCGCUGACGACUUGACUCUUCCAUCCACGCCGAUCGGCACUGGCCUCGCCCCACCCCCUCCUUUGAAGGAUGAUGUCGUUUGUGCAGAUACCAGCUGCGGAGACGAAGGCGAAGAAAGCGAGGAGUGCAUCCUUGAGAAGACGUACGCACAUGAACUCAAAUUCAAGGAUGGUCAAGUCAUUGGCGGCAGCCUCAGGGCGCUCAUCGAGAAACUUACCGCCCAUGAGUCGACCCCCGAUGUGCUAUUUGUCUCGACUUUCUACCUGACCUUCCGACACUUCGCUUCUCCGCUUGAGUUUGCUGAGGCGCUGAUCGAUCGAUAUGAUUACAUCGGCGACAACCCUAGCGCUGGCGGGGCGGUUCGAUUACGUGUUUCGAAUAUCUUUAAAGGAUGGCUGGAAGCCCAUUGGCGCCACGAUUGUGAUGACAUCGCCCUUCCGUGUAUCUUGAGCUUUGCGCGCAACCGGCUCAUGGCCACUCUGCCUACUGCUGGAAAACGGCUCGUUGAGCUCGUCGAGAAGGUGUCGGAUCUUCAUGGACCGCUUGUUCCCAGACUGGUGUCUUCGAUAGGCAAGACGAACACCGCGAUGGCGCAAUAUGUUAAUCCCGAUCAGCCCUUGCCAGCGCCGAUUAUUUCGAAGAGUCAGUUGAAUCUGCUGAAGCAGUGGAGAAAUGGAGGGCAGAACUUGACGAUUUUGGAUUUCGACCCCAUGGAACUGGCUCGGCAGAUUACGUUAAAAGAAUCGAGGAUAUUCUGCUCGAUUUUGCCUGAAGAGCUGUUGGGCACUGAAUGGAUGAAGAAGACCGGCUCUUUGGCUGUCAAUGUUCGCGCUAUGUCCACGCUAUCCACCGACCUUGCCAAUCUUGUUGCAGAUACCGUGUUGCAAUUAGAAGAGCCCAAGAAGCGGGCUGCUGUUAUCAAACAGUGGGUCAAGAUUGCGACCAAGUGCUUGGAACUCAAUAAUUAUGACAGUCUGAUGGCUAUCAUCUGCUCGCUCAACUCGUCUACGAUCGCGCGGCUCAAGCGCACCUGGGAACUCCUCUCACAGAAAACUAAGAACACGCUCGAGACCCUUCGCGAAAUUGUCGAUGUCUCUCGCAACUAUGCCGUCCUCCGUCACCGCAUCCAGAACCACGUCCCGCCCUGCCUACCCUUCGUCGGUACCUACCUAACCGACCUCACCUUCGUCGACCACGGCAACCAGGACACCCGUACCCUCGCAGUGCCCGGCGGUGCGUCCAUCGAGGUCAUCAAUUUUGACAAGCAUAUGAAGACUGCGCGGAUCAUCAGCGAGCUGCAGCGUUUCCAGAUUCCCUACCGAUUGACGGAGGUGCCUGAGCUGCAGACGUGGAUCCAGGACCAGCUGGUGCGCGUGCGAUCAGCAGCAGGCGAAAAGGGGGUCCGAGAUUAUUACCGGCGAUCGCUGAUUUUGGAGCCGCGCGAGCGAUCGACGCAGCGCAACUCACCGGGCGACGCGGCGGCGAUGAAUAAUCGUCAGCCGCAGCAGCAUCACAAUAAUCACCACCAUGGCGGGAACAAUGCCUUCUCGUUGUUUUCGCGCGACAAUUCCAAGGACAAGUUUGAUUUCCUGGCUUGGACUCAGAGCUCGAAGAUUAAGGCUGUUGUGAGCUGA